CCCAGGGAGGUCCGCCAGAGGCGCAGCGCCAGACAAGAGGGCAGCUUCGCCCGGCGGUGUCGGGCAGCAGCGGCAGCGCCGCUCGGGGACUCGGCUUGCGCGCGAUCCAGAGCAAGGCGGGCAGGCGGUCAGCCUCGGCGCCGCUUGCGCGGGGAUCGCCGGCCAUGGAGGUGAGCGGGCCGGCGCGUUCCUUGCCGUCGAGCGACCCGGGCGACCUGAGCAGCCAGGACGCGCAGACGGUGUGCGAGGCGCUGGGCCGCUACGAGGAGACCUUGCGCGGGGCCGUCCGGGAGAUCCACGUGGACAUCCAGGCCUUCAAGACCGGCGUGGACCGGCAAGUGGCGGAGGUCCUGCGCCUGGCCACUCCGCUGAGCCACACGGCUGGGGGCUCCUUCCUUCCCUCCCUCCAGCAACCCCAGACGGAAGCUGCUGACUCCUUCCUUCCCCCAUUCCUGACCCACAGCUGCCUUCUCCCCUUGCUUUCGCAGAGUCUGGACUUUGAGGAACGGAGCCAUCGCGUCUCCAGGGCCAGUACCGAGAACGGGCACCAGCCUCGUGGAAGGGCGAGGGAAGGGCAGGAGGAGAACGGUCCAGGUCUGGGCUGGCACUCCCAGGAAGCCGCCCCCGCCUCUCCCCCAUCUCCUCCAGCGUCGGCUGCUCCCCUCGAGGCCCACGCGCCGGCCGUGUCCGCCCGGAUGCCACACCUCCCGGUGACCGCGGUGACCCGGGUUUCGGAAACCUUUUCCGGGGAAACCGUCAGGUCGCCGGUCUCCCCCACCUCCCCAGGGGGGCCCCUGAGUGAUGGUCCCGGCGAGGCUGAGCCAAAAGCAUCCCCCAACCAAGCAGGUUCAAGCCCUGUGAGGAACUGGAGCGCAAGUUCCACGCGGACGACGAGCACCUCCCUCAAUGCAGAGCUGUUCUCCUCUGUGACAAAGUCUGUGUCCAGCGUGAGCUACGAAAGUGCCAGCCGGCAGGGGUUGGCCCCACAAUCCCACUCCCCACCUCCGGCAGUCCAGCCCCGGCCAGCAGAGAAGCGGAAGGAGCUGGUGAGGUCUCAGACGCUGCCCCGCACCUCUGGGGCCCAAGCCAGAAAGGCCCUCUUUGAGAAAUUCGAGCAGGACACUGCUUCACCCAGGGGAAAAGGCGAGGGCCGGCCGAAGCUGAAGAGGUCCCAGAGCUUUGGGGUGGCGAGCGCCAGCAGCAUCAAACAGAUCCUCUUGGAUUGGUGCCGCUCCAAAACCAUCGGCUACAAGCACAUCGACCUGCAGAACUUCUCCUCCAGUUGGAGCGAUGGGAUGGCCUUCUGCGCCCUCGUCCAUUCCUUCUUCCCCGAAGCGUUCGACUACCAGGCCCGGGACCCCAGCAAGAGGAAGGAGAACUUCGAGACGGCGUUUUCCGCAGCCGAGAAAAUGGCCGGCUGCGACCGCUUGAUCGAAGUGGAGGACAUGAUGGCCAUGGGCCGCAAACCGGACCCCAUGUGCGUCUUCACCUACGUCCAGUCCCUCUACAACCACCUCCGGCGCUUUGAGUGAAGCCAGGCUGGGGCGCUGCAGGAGCGGGGCCCCUUGCCCGCAGUGGCUUUGGCACUCUCACCCGUUGCCCUCGGGUGCCUGGCAUGGGAGCAUGACCCCUGGAGUGGCUCAGAGGGCGUGCCCUGAGCCGAGGGGAGACCGAGGGGCAAGCAGCUAUGGCCCCUCGUCCCAGGUCCUGGGGGUGGCUUCUGCAGGUUCCCCUCCAGUGGCCACUGGGGGAAAACCGCUUCUCUCCCUUCCACUCCCAAGGUCCCCAUUAAGGGGCAGCUCCCCACGGGGCCCUGCUUGCUUACGAUCCGGCAAGGGCGACGGAGCGAGCAGCCCCAUCAGCGCCCGGUCCCUUCAAAGGAUGCCCUGAUGGCUGAGCAGGAGAAGAAAGGUGCUCACUUUCCAUCCAUCUUCCUUCCUGCCUCAGGUGGACAUCUGCUGGGGGUGGGCAACGGGGAGCCCGAGGUUGCUGGCCUGUGACUGGGGGUGACGGGAACCAGGUUCCACAGCAGCUGAGAAAGGGGCUGAAUUUUGCUCCCCCCCCCUCACAGUAGGCCAGCUGGGCCACAGGUACCCAGCUGAGUUUACAACCGCCAGAGAAGGUACCACAUAGAUGCCUCUGGCCUUGCCCCCACUAGAUAAAAUUAAGCCCAGGCAUACAUUUGCAUACAUUUUUCUGGGAAAGACCAUGGAAGGGACACCCCUCUGUGGCCCCGACCACCUUUCUUCCAUUUGGAGAUCCCCAUCCCCCUUUAAAAAAGGGGGGCCAGUGGCAUCUCAUUCCCCCCCACCUCCAGCUUUGCAAAACAGGGCUUCCUGGGCAGCAGGAUUCUGCGCCAAACCCAGAACGGCUGCCCACUGCCCCCACCCUCACAUACGAAAAAAGUACCACACACUCCGAGGGGGGAGGGUUGGGAGGGAAGGAAACCCUCAUCGCAAAACCCCCAAGGAUAUGUUUUUUAAAUCCCGGAUCAUGUCAGAGGGCUGUAUAUCACGGAGAAGAAAAGGAACUCAGCACAUGCUCAGAGGCACAAGGAGUAGCACAGCCAUCCGCUGUUUAACAACUGGCGGGGGCUGGGUCCCAAGCCGAGUUACACCUGCCUGGGG